AGGAUUUCCUCUUACAUAGCAGCUGUGGGAGCAGAGAUAAAAUAGAAAUCAGAGCAUUUCUGUAACUAUAGACCACAUACAUGUGUUUUUCAAAAGCUGUACACCCAGGUUUAGUUUCCUGAUGUAUUGCAGUGCUGUUGAGACAAUCACUGGAAACAUAACUGAAGCUGUUCAAGGUUUACCUUUUUUCUAUGGGAGCUACAGGAAACUCAUACCAACACCAUGUUUCUUUGUUGUCAUCUUAUCACGCUGCUGAUACUUCUCGGGUGCCAUGAUGCUUUGGAACACAUUGGUUGUGUGGGUACUGUUGAUAUUACUGAUGCAACUGAUUUUCACAAUGCCACCAUUACCUGUACCUCAGCCAUGGCUGCAGCUAUGUAUCCCAUACCCAGUGAGUGCUCCUGGAUCAUCAAAGCUCUGCCAUCAGAGACACUGCACCUAGAAAUUAGGGCUGCUACUGCCAGUUAUCCUUCUGGCUGUCUUAAUGUUUCUUCUGGUGACAAGGAGACACAAAUCUGUACCAAUAACACUGAGGACAGCAUUUUAAUUAAGGGCAGUGGAAAAAUCCAAAUAAGAUGGGACGUCCAGGCAAAUGUGUCUAUAAACUAUUUUGCAUGGGUUGAUUGGUGUGCAAGGCAGAAUCCCUGUAUUAAUGGAGGAACAUGCUUGGCCUCUGUUUCCAACACCAGCUGUGUGUGCCCUCUGCAGUGGACUGGAGAACACUGUGAAACAGAUAUGAGCAACAUUUCCACCAUAAAAGAGGUUAGUUUCCUGGAAAAUGCUUCACUUGUAGAGUCACAAGAACCAUUUUCUACACUAAAUCAGCGUGUUGCUCCUAAUGCAUUCAAUGAAGGUACGCAGAUCCCCCAGAGCUCAUCCGAUCAUGGGGCAAGUGCUAAAGCUGCACAUUAUGAGGAUAAACAUUCGAUUUUUACUAAUCAGAGCAAAAUCAAAAUGCAUAAUUCUGCCAUAAAUAAAGAAGAAAAUGGAUCUGGGCAAGAACUGCAGGCAUCUUUUCUGACAUCAGCUAGCAGAGAAAUGCAACAAGAAAUAAACAAAAUAUCACCAACUACAUAUGGUGCAGUGCUACCUCAGAUCAAAAAAACUGGUGUGCCACAUAUCUUCACAAGAAAUAUGUAUCUACAGGGUAAAUCCAGUGCAUCUUCUACAGUCACUCUACAUUCCGAGAACCACCUACUUGUACCAGGUAGUCUUGCAUCACCUACAGGAACUCCUGUCAAGCUGAAUCCAACCCAAAGCACUAAUACAGAACGCACUUCCAAAUCACCUUUUCAGAUAACAUCACCCUCAAAAAUGCUCUUAGAAAGCAGUCAGAAAGACACCCCAGCACUUGUUUUGGCAGUUAAGACAGAAGUCAUGCAUGAUACCUCUGGGACUGUAUCACUGUUAUCAAAGGAAUUCCACCAUACAAACAGACUACAAAUGAAGAAAUACAUUUCAGUCAGUAGCACUCCUCAGCGUAAUUCACUUACUCAAGCCCAUAUAUCUGUUCGAACUUCAGAACCACAUAGUACCUCAGCUGUGCAUAUUCCUGACAGUCUGACCACUGUAUAUGGAAUUGCUGACAGUUCUAAAAAGAAUCCAUCAGAUGUUGAUAAUACUCAUAUAUCCACAGCCUUCAGAAUUCUGAGCACAAAAGGGACUCAUAUUCCAUCAUUCUCAAGCAAUAUAACUUUAAACAGUAUGGAGUCUGAGCAGAUACAGAACAUAGAACGGGUUACAGAAAAAAAUGAUAGCCCUAGUUCCGGCAGACAUACUUUACUCCAAAACAGUGAUAUAGCAGUAAAUGAUGAUAAUGCCAUUAACAGUUCAGAGCAAACCACAUUGUUUACAUGGGAACCAUCAGAGCAAUACAAGCCUGCUGAUGCUUCUGAAGAAACAGUGACUCUAUCCACGUUUCUAGAGAAAGCGAUGGAAGGUGUUUCUGCAAACACUGCUGCAUUACUGCAUGAUGCAUCCUUGCUUCAAGGGUACACAAAGAGCCAUAAUGCAGAUGAACCAGCAACUGAGCCUUAUCUCUACAUCAGUACUGUACAUUCAAAAUCUAUUUCCAGUAGUACUGAAGAAGGGGAAAUGACGAAUAUAAAGUCUGCAAUAUCUCAGAUUCAUGCUGGCCAAGCAAGGUUACAUUCCUCGGCACAUCUUGUAACCUCAUUAUAUGAUUACACAGUUAAUGCCCUUCCAGCAUUAUCUCCUAUGACUAAACAAGUCCAAGCUGAGUAUGGCAGUCACCUUGUGGCCACUCCUUCCUCAGAGACAUUUGCUGAAAGCAGAACCACUAACCCAGUAACCACUGAAGAUACUAGUACUGCAGAGAUAUUCCUGCCAAAGAAAACAAAUACUGAAACUAGUCAAAAUGCAGAAUAUUUCAGAAAACAUCAGCCAUCUGACAAGACAACACAAAUGACAGUCACACCUACAACAAUGGAGAGAAUAUUUUCUUCUGCAUCUGAAAACUCACAACAGCAUAUUUUUACAAAAAGGAUUCUGGGAAUCACAUCUAGUACAGCCAAAGAGAAUUUAAAUAGGUCAGAUUUUUCACAUUCAUCAGAAUCUUCCAGAUCUAAAAUGAGCUCAUAUGUAUCACUUUCAGGUUCACAAGUUUUAAUGGCAUUCAGUAAAGAGCCCAAACUAUUUUCUAAUAAAGACACAAAAAAUACUACCGCAGUUUCUAUUUUUGACUCAAAAAUGCCAUCAACAGAAAAAGGAAGCACCAGCGUUAUAACUUCACUUGGAGAUUCAUCUAAGGAAUCCUACCACACAUACUUACAAACUUCUGAAAAUCCAUUUUCAUUCACAUGGAUGUCUUUACCAGCAUCAAAACAGACAUCCCAAACUAUCACAUAUGAUAAAUUAGCAUUACCAGUAGAAGAAAGCACUGUGCUAACAGCCAUAUUAGUGAGGAACAAAACCCAAGGCAGUGAUGGAAUGUCUACAACCCUUUCAUUGACCCAAGCUGGCAGCGCUUCACCUAAUGAUGUUACUAAGCAAAUAAAUGUUCCAAAUGCAACAUUUGUUGUGCAGCUGAGCAAAGAAGCUACGUAUACAACAACAGCAAGUUACACAACAUUACCAUCAAAUGCUGAUCUGUAUGUAAUGAAUCCAGAUAUGCUUAGCAGUGUCCAACCUUAUAAGGAUUCUAGUUCUAUAACUGCUAUUCCAGAACCUUCUCCAUCUUCACCUAUCCCUGGAUAUACUGAACAUAUGCUGGAAACUGCAUCAGGAUCAUCAUACAUUACGACUAACAGCACAAGCACCUGGCUAGUAUUAAUAUCUGACCCUGACAAUAGUAAAGCCAACACUGCAACUCAAAGGGUAACCGACUCCAAUGGGACUUUAUACACCAGGAAUAAACAGACAUCAAAUCCCUCAACAUGGUUCCAAAAGGAUGAUAAUACACAAAAUGUGGCUUUGAGGAUGACAGCUGAGAUGUCAACUCAUAAAUCUUUUAAUGAACAUGAAGCAGUUUCCCAGUCAAAUACUACUGACUACAUCACAACAAUGCAUAUGAGUGACAGUAGUUUUCUGACCUUAGACAAAAUUUUGCCCACAAUGACAGCUACACCAGAUGAAGAGUAUUUUGCUGUUACAGAUAAAGAUUCAACAAAGGUUGCAGGUACACUGCAAUUGCACAUGAAUAGCUCCAGCCCUAAACCCAUUACGUCACAAACAGGAGCAACCAAUGAGACGAUGUUUAGCACAGGUUAUUCAUUGUCAACCUUGACAUCAUUCAAUAGAAAAACUCAGAUUUUUAUAGCAGAAGAUCAACUCCCAAUUUUAAAAGAACAACUGAUACGCAUCCCCCAAAUAUGUGCUCUGCAACACAGCUUCAGCAACAAUUCAGAAUAUCUCAGAUCUCAAGAUUAUCAGACUUUCAUCCAGAAUUUCACAAAACUGGUUGUUCCAUUUUAUGAACUGGUUCCAGGAUUUCAACGACUAGAGAAACACAAGAUCAGAAGUAGAAGUACUCUUCUAGAAUAUGAUGCUGUCUUUAAAGCAGAGCUGAUUAGAGCACAGUUACCUGACAUAGACCUGCUUCUAAAUAUGACCGGACUAGCACAGGCAGUGACAUCUGAGCUGAGAAUUGGAGAUUUCAAAGUAAUCAACAUCACUGUCGCAGAAAAGAAACUAGACUUGUGUGCCAUGUUGUUUUCGUGCCAUUCCGGUUUUGAAUGUGUUCAUGACAGAUGGGGCAAUGCUACCUGUACAUCACUGUGUCACAGAAAUUACUGCAAAAACAACGGAAUCUGCACACAUGAACAUGAGCACGGACCCAUGUGUCAGUGUCCUGUUGGCAGUGAUUACUGGUUCAUGGGUCUGAGGUGUGAUUACCGAAUGACAAAGCAAAGGCUUGUUGGCAUUUCACUUGCUGUUGUCUUUAGCAUCAUUGUCAUGAUGGUGUUAGUAGCCUAUCUGGUUAUGAGGAGAGUUAAGGCUCUGGUCAUUGAAGCUGUAACUGACCAAACAAAAAGCAGUUAUAGGCGAUUUGCUCGAUUUGAUGACAUUGCAUCCAGAUACUGGUCCCAGUCGUGGCUUGCCUCCUCUGCCAAUUCACUGGACAAUCCUGGAUAUAGCAAUUCAGACGAUGAGCUAAUUCAUUUACAGAUGCUGAGCAGUUGUUGCAGCUGUCAGCGUAACUCCUUUCCACUGAUUGAUCCUGACCUACAAAGCAUCCCCAGCCUACGGACAGCACUCAGAUACAGCUUACCAUACGACUGGGACUUGAGUAGCAGUACAAUUAAUGAACAAUUGGCUGAUUCGGGAAAAGCAAGUGAUCUGUCUGUGUCCAGCUGGCCAAUGGAGCCCAUUCACUGGACACCUCUACCGAUUCUUCAGCAGCUCAGUAUCAAUAAAAGGCUGAAAGCGAGAAGACCCCGAUCUUACUGCGAGGGAAUGGAUAUGACCAACAUUGAGAAGAGCUGGACAGCUUAGAAUCUCUCCAUUACAUCAUGCUUAUCUCUCGACUCAGAUUUAUUUAUUUUGAAGUGUGCUGAAAAAAAUCAGAGUGAAAUAAAACAGCAAAAAUUAAA